UAUAAUUAUAGUGACAAUUAUAGUGAUGUAAUUAUAUAAUUAUGCUAAGAUAGUCUCGUAUAUGUGCAGCAUACUACCUAAACCCCCGGUUUCAGUACAGUAUAGAUGGAAUUAGUAUGGAUGAAACACUUCUGGAUGCUUUGCGUAAUGUGAUUUACAAGAUGGAGCAUGAUCCAGAAAAAGCGGCCCUAUGUCUUGAAGAGAGCAAAUUAUUUAGAGAAGGCAGCUACAGUUUUGGCCAACGAGCGGCUGUCGUCAGCAAACACAAUAUGAAUUCAGGUAUAUGACACAUCAGGAAAACAUUCACCUGAUGUCUUUUAGUUACUAUUAUGGAACUAUCAUACAUGUAAUUUUCAUAAAUAUUUUUGCAACUAAAUGGUGGGUGCAUUUUGGCGGAUCUGUGAGAAAUCUAAAGCGGAUAGCUAUCCGAAUCCUCUCCCAAACAAUUUUCUCUAGUGAAUGUGAGCGCAAUUGGUCCACCUUCGCCCUUAUCCACAGCAAACAAAGAAACCGUUUGACGCAAAAGCGCCUCAACAACCUUGUUUAUGUGCAUUACAAUUUGCGGUUGAGACUAAAGUGCAUACAAGAGGAAGUGGAGCUCAAGUAUACAGAUCCGAUUUACGGAACCUUCACCGCUGAUAACGAUGAUCCACUACUCGGCUGGCUUGUAGGCCAGCAGCAGGAGCCCGAGCUUGACGAGCCAGGAUCGCCUCCACGACCGGCUACCUUCAUAGCCACCGAAGCUGGGGUCGAUCCAAAGCAAUGGGCUGAGCGCAAUAUUCCACGCACUCUCAGAGCUGAUCAGUCGCAGGCACAGGGGAGCCAGACAGAGAGGGCCAGGAAAGAAAAACAAAGGGUCCCAAUGGAGAGUGUCGAGGAAGAGACUUGGACUAGCAGCGAUGAAGGUUCUGGUGAUGAUGGAUCUUCUAACCAUGGAGGGAGCGGAGGACAGUAUGGUACUCAUGAGACACAGCCGGAGGGUGGUCUUUAUUUCACCGGUGAGUCCCAAUUUACGGAUGCUACACAGGAUACGGACCACGGUCGACCACCUGAUAGAUUUCGUGAGGAUAUCAUUGGAUAUAGAAGACGGGCUCCUCGAGGUUGUUCAGGAAGACAGAAUACGACUGCAGAUCCGACAACAUAAGGAUACGGAUUCUAUUAUCCACAGCCUCAGCCUGACGAAUAUGGAUAUGAUGCAUUGGAUUUUGUUUCCGCCAUAUUUGGAUGGGCCCCUACACAAUCAGAAGACACCUCUCAGAGCCAGAGCGUGAGCGAGAGAUCCGACAGUUCUUAUAACCUGGCGCGCGUUCCUUCUGAUUGGGUUGAUUUGCCUCCUCCUGAUUAUACUUAUGAUCCGGAUAUCUACGAGAGCCAUCGGCACUCGUCCCGAUUUUAG